GCAAACUGUAGAGAGUGUUGACCGUUAUCAAUGCAGCGCUGCCCCAGUAACAAACCACCUCUCUGUAGUAGAGAGCAAUGACCGCUUCACUUACACAGCCCUGACCGCACCCUCAACCUUUUUAACUACCCAGCGCGCAGCAUUGGUGAUUGUUUUUUUUUUUUUGAGUCUGGGGCCGGCACCAUGAAGCUGUUCUUCACUAUCGUACUUGUUGUGACCUCCGCACUCGUUCUCCGUGCAUCCUCCAUUCCAACGCUAGGUCCCUCCUCGAACCACGUACUCGCCGAAUACGAGCUCGCUGUCGAAGCCAAGCAAUCGUCCAGCUCACCUUCAUCAUGGUCUCAUGCUCAUGGUCCUGCUCCUGCUCCUGCUCAUCAUCGACAUUCGCCUAAAAAAUAUCGUGGGACUCACUCGGCGCAUGUUAGGCGUGUGGACGAGCGGAAGAUCGACGUUCGUCGCGAUAUUACGCCGGGCCGAUUUACCCUGCACGAUACCCAACGAACAAAGAGGCGUGUCGACCAUACCCUGAAACCCUAAACUGAAGAUGUUUGAUUGUACUUGGACGCAAAAAAAAAAAAAAAAAA